AUGAGAGUUCAUCGGACGCGAGUAUGGCCUGGGACUAGGUAUCGCGUCCCGAAUCCUGCGGGCAAGCUGGUGCAAGCUGGUGCAAGCUGGUGCAAGCUGGUGCAAGGCGACACAGAGGUGUUGGUGAGGAGCACCAACUUCACGGACCGUCGCAGGCUGGAUGGUGCUGGGAAGUAUAAAAAGACUCCAGACAACCGCCAAGAAGUGGGAGGCGACGGACACACCGACGACCAGAACCGAAUCCCCUUCCUCGUCGCGGACCGCAUGCAGCAUCUUCCCCAACCUGCUACCCCAGCACAUAAGGACUCUGUGAGCAUGUUGCGAGAUAUUAUGCCCCUUACUAAAGAAGUCCUGGAAAAGACUACUAUCAAACCGGACAGCAAAGAAUGGGGCGAGACCUACGACAGGAUAGAGGCCCGCAAGGAACAGGCGGAGGCCAUCGUGAGCCUGCCCGAGCCCACACAGCUGGCCUUGAUCAAUAGCGCAAGCAAAUCAAGGCGGAAUAGGAACUUGAGCGCUGCCAAAUUGUUACAGGAACAAGUGAACGUUGUUGGUAUGGAAGGGGUGCUCACGGAGCAGAGAUGGAUACGAACUUGGCAUACGCAGAGAGACGUUGCGGAUAUAGCAAAGGGAAACAACGGCACGAAAUCAAAGAGACAAGAGGGGAAAUAA